GUUCUGUCCACUGAUUACGUUUGACGAUGAUGAGGAGGGCUCGCUCAGGCGCCGACAACACCGUCGUCGAUGUUUCUCUGAGGGAGCUCGGCUCGCUCCCCGCCAGGAACUUCGCCCUCCGACUCGGCGCUUCCGAGGAUCUCGUGCUUAGGCUUGAAUUGUACAGGAGGCUCGAACAUCACAGAGGAUGUGUAAACACUGUAAGCUUCAAUGCGGAUGGUCGCAUUUUGGUGUCAGGCUCUGAUGAUAUGCGGGUUAUACUCUGGGAUUGGGAUAUUGGGCAAGUGAAGCUUGCAUUUGAUUCAGGUCACCUACAGAAUGUUUUUCAAGCAAAGUUCAUACCUUAUUCGGAUGAUCGAAGAAUUGUCACAUGCGCUGCUGAUGGGCAGGUAAGAUUUGUUCAGAUUUUGGAAGGUGGACGAGUGGAGACUUCACUACUGGGCGAGCAUCUGGGACAAGCUCAUAAGUUGGCUAUUGUACCUGGGAGCCCUCAUAUCUUUUACUCCUGUGGUGAAGAUGGAUUGGUCCAGCUUUUUGAUCUGAGAACCUCAGCUGCGACAGAACUUUUUAUUUGCCAAUCAAUUGACUAUAGAAGGAAUGUCAUACCAGUCGUCCAAUUGAAUGCCAUCGCAAUUGAUCCAAGAAACCCAGAUCUCUUUGCAGUUGCAGGUUCUGAUGAGAACACCCGGCUUUAUGAUAUCCGCAGGUAUGGGUGGUAUGGAUCAUCCGAUUUUGGUGAACCUGUAAACUACUUCUGUCCUUCACACUUGAUUGGUGAUCAACGACUUGGAAUAACAUGCUUGGCCUUCUCAGAACGAAGCGAGCUUCUUGUCUCAUAUAAUCGUGAGCACAUCUAUCUUUUUACACAGGAAAUGGGUUCAGGACCUACUCCACCCUCUCCAUCUGGGGUAUCUUCUUCAGCUUUGGAUGUUGAUGAAAAGAUGGUUCCUCAGGUUUACAGUGGACAUAUGAACUUUGACACCGUGAAAGGCGUCAAUUUCUUUGGGCCUAAAUGUGAGUAUGUGGUGAGCGGGUCUGACUGUGGCAGAAUAUUCAUUUGGAAAACAAAGGGUGGGGAGCUUAUUCGUGUCAUUGAGAGAGCGGAUCUGGAUGUUGUGAAUUGCAUUGAGCCCCAUCCUCGUACAAUGGUGCUUGCAAGCUGUGGAAUUGAGCAUGAUAUCAAGAUAUGGACGCCAAAGGCUCUGGAGAGAGCUGAACUGCCAGUAAAUAUUCAACAGCAUCAGCAGCAGCCGCAGCAGCAGCAGCAACCCAGGGUUAGGAACUGGAUGUACUGUGUCUCCUCACCACGGGAUCUAAUAUUGGAACUUUUUUCACUGCAAAGCCGGCGAACAGAUGGAAUGCUUCAAGAACUUGAUGAGCUACGUGCAUUCAGUGCCAACAACGAUGGUUUCUCAGAUGAUGAAGAUACCUCCAGUCAAGAUGGCUUGUAAUUAGUUAAAUGACUCUGAGGUGGGCUUUGGAGCAUGGUGGAAAACAAAUGAUAGCAAGUGUACAUAAUUUUGAUUACUUCUCAACUGAUGAGUGAGAUUUUGCGAUUUGUAAUAGUCAACGAAUAUCCUAAUAACUAUAGGUUUUUUCUUCUUAUUCAUCGGUUCCCCUGCAGUAUGCAUCUCUUUUUGUAUUUUGAUUGCAUUAACAUUUUACCUGCUAACUUCCU